AUGCGCGAGACGGCGAGACGCCAAAAAAUCCCAGCACUGAAACUUCGUCAAAACUGCGAUGCGUUCGUCUGUGCGACUGCCGCAAAAUUCUCUCUGUCGUCAACUUCCAAGACGGCAUCGUUUCCAUCUCGUGAAUUCCUCUCAUCAAGCCACAAUCGCGGCUGGCCGCUCGUCGAGGCAGCCAUUGCCGCCUGCUUCGAGGACGGGUGGUGGAUCGGCCCGCUGUGGCUGAUGGCCGUCGGCAGCAGCCCUCCCACCGAGCAGGCCGUCAAGUUAGGCUUCGGCCCAUUCAACGACGGCUUUGGGGAGGGCUACUUCGCGGUGGGGGAGGCGCGGCGGCUGCCACGGGGCAGCUGGGACCUCACCCAGCUCGCCGAGAAGGUGCAGGAGGCCCGCGACCUCUGCCCCUCCCACAGCAGUACCGGAUUGUCGUCAAGUCGGAGGAGCAGUGGUACCGCGUCGAGAAGGACAAGGAGUGGGUGGAGUACGACCCUCUGCUGCGCCCUGGAAGCCAUCCACGAGCCACCAGGUACGCAUGCUCGAUACCCUAGAGAAUGUAUGCAUCUCACUCUGUGCAAUGUCUCUUCUGUCUGUCUGUCUGUCUGUCUUCCUUUCAUGGACGGGUGCAGCCAUGCCCCACGCCAAGAGGGAGCUCGUCGAUUCGGCCACUGAUGCCUUCUACGACGAGGCGGCAUUCCACGGCCUGGACGCCAUCGUCCGCCCGAGCCCCCACCCGGACGCCGUCAGCCUGUAUGCGGGCCCAUUCGACGGCGGCAAGGACGGCCACUUCCACAUCCACGACGAGGCGAGACGGCGCGGCCAUGGGUGGGACUUCCGCAACCUCAAGAAGCGAGUCGACAACUUGCGGAACCGCAGCCAUGCCCCAUGCCAAGAGGGAGCUCGUCGAUUCGGCCACUGAUGCCUUCUACGACGAGGCGGCAUUCCACGGCCUGGACGCCAUCGUCCGCCCGAGCCCCCACCCGGACGCCGUCAGCCUGUAUGCGGGCCCAUUCGACGGCGGCAAGGACGGCCACUUCCACAUCCACGACGAGGCGAGACGGCGCCGCCAUGGGUGGGACUUCCACGACCUCAAGAAGCGAGUCGACAACUUGCGGAACCGCAGCGGGGGCACGCCCGACCCGCGGCACUACGGGUACGUGAUCAUGGAUCACAUUCGGGUACUCAAAGGCCUUUCCGCGAUCAGCAGGUACAUAGAAGAAAUGCCUACAUAUCGGUAACACGCAUGCCACUAUGCCGCUCUGUGUGUCUGUGUGUCUGUGUGUUUGUGUGUGCGUGGUAGACCCCUAUGAUGCGCUUCGCUGAGUACUUCUUCUACGUGGAUCUCGAGCGGUUCAAGGACACCUUCCCCGUCCCACAGGUACGCAACGAUACGCACAUACACAGCGAUGUGGGCAUGCACAUGAGUACAUUCAUGAGAAUGUGUGUGUGUGUCAGAUGGGUGGAAGGCGUUUGUGCUGGUUACGCUCAUCGAGACGGGCGAGUCGCCCCCGCUCCCCCCCCCCCGGAAGAGAGCGGUCGGUGAGCAGGAAUGCUGAAUGUCUCACGUUGUGUCUCUGAGCGAUUCGUUUGCAGAGGAGGGAGGGUUGAGAAAAUCGCUGGCUACAUUUUAUAUCUGGCGGUCUCUUAUCUUUUCGACCUCUUGCCUCACGUCUGUUCCCACGAGGUGACUUUAGCCUCCAAACAAAUCACGUCGUCUCUCUUUGUCGCUGUGUCUCCCUUGCAAUACAGCAAAGGAGAAGACCAAGACGACGCGGAUGACUGCAGAGACACACACAUAACGAGAUAGAGAAAGAGAGAGAGACUGAACUACGCUUCUUUGGUGUUACCUGCUGUGUGUCCUCUCAAAGGUCACGGUGCCCAAGCGGGGCUCGCUGCAGAAGACGGUGAUGCGGCCCUGCCAUCUGUUGAUGCUCCAGGUGAGGCAGAACGGCUCGUCACGGAAACUGAGGCGUGAGAGUCGACUGGACUGCUUCCCAGACUUACGCUGUCUGUCUGUCUGCCUGUCUGUGUGUCUUUGUCAGUCAGCAAGAUGGUGCUCUUCCUUCUCCAGCGGCUGCUGAACCUCUGGAUUAUGAAGAUGCGUCCAGGGACCACCCUGGCAGGGCGUUGCUUGGUCGAAGUGAGCAAGAGAAGAUGUGUUCGUGUGUAGGGGAGUGAUGCCUCCACGCGUCCCUCUGUCACGCAGGCCGCAAUAGGGGCAUGAGUGCUGAUGAGCCCGUACGGGUCCGUGUUGAUGCGAUAUGAAUGCUGUCUCCUGGUGUGCCCUUCUGCAGGAACGGGAAGCGGCAAGGAGGAUUGGCAGAAAGAGGAGCGGGAAGGACAUAACGCAGAUCACACACUCGACUCGCAUCCGACUGACUGA